CUGGAUGGUGGUGAAUGACACAUCUACUGGUGUUCCUGAUUUUGGGAACUCUUCAGGAUGGCGUUGAUGUUCGAAAACAUCAAAAAUAUUUUCGGUGAAGUGGAUAGCUUUCUGCAAGAGACACUGAAAAAUGAAAAACUUUCCAAGUCCUGUUUAGAGCAUAAACAAAGUCUGGUGGACAAGAUUAACAAGCUAUUGGAUGACUACCCGCAGUUAGCAGCGGAUAAAACCAAAACAGCAUCAAAUUCCUCCUCUCCAUCAACUUGGUCUGUUUGGAAAAACAGACUGUCAGUUUCUUUCCUUGAUGUUGACAAAGGAGAUGAGUCAUCCCGGACAGGUGGAAGUUCAACAACAGAUGAUGGGGAAGAUCCAUAUUCUGAUCAAAAAUUCCCAGAGGUGGCAGCUGCAGACUUAAAGGAUGAUGUGAUCUCAGGAUUCCUGGAAAAGAAACAGAAAAAAGGUUUACUGAUGAUGGCAAAACUUCAGAAGCGGUGGUGUGUGAUCAAAGAUGACAGGCUGUAUUAUUAUGAGGGUAAGAAAGACAAGAAACAAAAGGGAGCAUUCUGUCUCACUGGCUAUAGCUUCCAGCCUGCACCAGACCUUGUCAAAGAAGCCAACAAGAAGGAGCUCUGUUUUGAGAUUGUUGGGACAGGGAAGAGAUCAUUCCAGUUUGUAGCGCACAGUUCUGAUGACUACAAUAGAUGGAAAUCUGCAAUACAGAAAGUUACAGGAGCACAGAAGCUAUAUGAUGAUAAUGCGGAUGUUAUUUACGAACCAAUUGAGGAGCCCCUAUCACAGGAGCCGACACAAGAGGAGACUGCGGUACCUGAGGAUCAGGAAAUCUAUGAUGACACUGCACCUGUCCCUGAUGACAAUGACCAGGAAACAUAUGAUGAUUGUGGUGGCAUGGCAGCUCCUGUGGUUCCGUCUCGUGUCCUACCUCCGACAACCCCAUCAGCCUCGGGGCGGAAACCGCUUCCACCUGUACCAGACUCACAGCCUCGUCCCCCACCUAAAAACAGAAGUCCCCUUCCCCCUCUCCCACCCCCAAAGACCAAUGUCGACACUCCCGAACCAAAGAAACGUAAGAUUGUUAAUCCGAAAGAAGACUUUGAGAAUCUCUAUUAUGGUAAAUGGGACUUUUCCGGUGGUACCAAUGAUGAAUUGACAUUUAAAAAAGGCGAUAUGAUCCAUAUCAUCAGCAAAGAGUUUGAUUCGAAGUCCUGGUGGAUUGGGGAAUUACAGGGACAUUAUGGUCUGGUACCAAAACUGCAUCUUGUACCAGCAUAUGAGGCUGCAUCAGCCUAGCAUACCACCUGUUAAUAGGUCUCAAGUUCUUGAACAUAGAAACAAUAGCAGACUUGAAUCUAUCGGACGAUUUUCACCAUACAUUGAUUGCCAUUGUUUGGUUCAUUUCAAGUAUUAAAUAUUGAUAAAUACCAAA